CCACUCUUCCCGCUGUCUGUCCGGACGGGGCGAGGCGCUGAGCCGGGGGCGGCGGGAGGGGGGGCUCCGGGCGCCCCGGUGUCGUGAGAAGAGUGUUGAGGCUGGAGCAGGGCGGCAGCCCCCGGGGGCGCAGAGGCCUCCGAGGCCGGCUGCAGGAGGACGCACGGAGCCUGAGUAAGACCAGGAUGGAAGAGUCCAAUGAGGACCUUCCCUUCCAGAGGGACGCCAUCCUAUCCGAGUUGCGCUGUGAUCACGUCACCAUAACAAACCUGGUGGAAGUGCUGAGAUCUUUGGUGGCUUUAACUGACCCUCAGGAGGGGAAGCUGACUCAGUCUCAAGAGAAAGCACUAAACUCGCUGGCCAUUUGGAAAACCAUAUUUGCAGCUGUUCCUGGGCCUACGUCAAAGAUCUCAGCGGAGUGAUAGCUCGAAGAUGGGAGAUGAGGAUAGAGGUGAACCCUUUCUGGGCAUAGUGGCUGGUGGUGCCACAGACUAUGAAGGAGUUUUGCCCUCAGACACGGUGUCACUCAGUGAUUCUGAUUCCGAUGAUUUGGGGUUAGUGGAUGAAGCGGAAGUUGAUGCAAUAUCUCCUGAGGAGCCAUCUGUAGAUGAUGGGGAUUACAGAUCAGGGGAGACCCCCAACUCUUCAAACAGCAGUCACAAAUCUGCUGUCCAGCCGUUCCAUCUGAAGGGCAUGAGUUCUACAUUCUCUCUCCGUAGCCAGAGCAUUUUUGAUUGCCUGGAAGAGGCGGCCAAGUUGUCUGUGCCCUCAAUGCCUGAAGAUAACGUUGUUGAUGGGAGGUUUAAGCGUCCAUUGCCUCCAGCCACAGUUUCAAGUAACAUGAUUCCAGAAAGCCUGGGAAAGCAAGCCAAAGCAGUACAGGCUCCCAAAACCUCUCCUGCAGUGCCUGACUAUGUGGCACACCCAGAGCGCUGGACCAAAUACAGCCUAGACGGAGUUUCAGAGUCUACUGACAAGACUAACAGGGCAGUGGCCAUGGAAUUUCUAGAGGGUUUGAAGAAAAGAGGGGAGGAACAGAGCUCAGCUACCCAAGAGUGCUACACCCCAUACUUCAACCAGGACCCUUCCAGCUGCGGAGCUGGGAGGAUUGUCUUCACCAAACCAGUAAAAAGGGGUGUUGAUGGACUGGAAAAGAAAACAUCAGCAGGGGAGGAUGAUAAGAAACACAUGAAAACAGAUCUGAAAGGAAAAUCUCUUCAGAAGACUGAUGACUUGAGGGAGGAGGAUAAGGUAGAGCUGGGGCACUUAGGUAGUGGAAGUGGAAAGGCAACAGAGGAGGAGGAGUGCAUGAUGGCAGGGGACCAGAAUACAGAAGUCAAGCUUAGUGCAAAGUUUAGUGAUGCAGGCAAAGAGACAUCGGUUGAAACAGUUGGAUUCCAUUACAGUAAGAAGAAGAAUAGGAAAAAUUUCCGACCUAAAGUAGACGAUGAAGGGGACGGGGAAGAGUCCUGAAGAGUGGAGCACAGUGGCGACAUCCAAGGACUUGUAUUGUCUUUGGAUAUGUUUGGGUUUUUUUUCUCUGACUUUUUUUUCUGGUCUGGAAACCAUGUGAUAGCUUUUUGUCUAACGGUUUGCAUUGUAGCCAGCAAGAACAUUUUAUAUUGUUAGAAAUCAAGCUACCUAAAAUACACUCCAGACUUUUGGUCUGUGAGAAGCCUCGGGGCCAGGAUAGUUGCACCCUAGCAGGAGAGAAUAAAGUGUGCUUUGUUUGCUUGAGCAGCUCCCUGGGGCUUGCUCUGGAGACGAAGUAGCUCUGGGUGCCAAAGAAAAAGACGUGUUAGCUAAAAGGCUGCAAGGCUUCCUACUAACCCCCAAAUUUAGAGCUGUUCCCAAAUCCUGGAACAAAGAUGAUGAGCUCACCAUAGAGAUUUUUAAACAAUGAAAAUAAAACCUAGUCUUCCACUAGAUGUGAUUUAUCCUGACCCUGUCCCAGCGAGGAAAACUUUUUUUUUUUUUUUUUUUGUAAUACAUCCUUCUCUCAUUGCCAUUGAGAGUGAAAGCACAAUGGUGCCCAAUCAUGAGUUUGGAGAGCCUAAAUAUUAGGUUUGGCUCAAUAUUUACCUUAUUUAGUGUUACAUGAUAAAGAUUUUAAACACAGUGUUUCCUGCGGAGGAAUGCAGGUGGAUGUAUCCUGGUGAAGACAUGCUGGGGAUGGCUUCAGCAAAGUCUCACCAUGUUGAGUGUAGACCAGGAUUUGUAGCAACUUCAGUUGUUAAGUUGGGCAGCAGCUUUUCCUCUUACUGGUAUGAUAUGAUGUGAUGAUUCUUGCCCUGCACAUUUGUAUGUCCUUAUGUCCUUUCCAGGUGGCACUGCUUCCACAUUGAUUCCGUGUAUGGAUUUGGGGAAUGAGGAAUUUAUACCAGAACUGGAUAUUUUUUUGUUCUUUGGUAUUCAAUAAACUUUUAGUUGUAGCUUGA